GGCGGCGCAGAGGGUGCCGGGAGCCAGGUCCCUUUCCCGGCGUUCCUGGCGCCCAAGAUGCCUGACAGGCGCUUCCGGCGGGGCGGCGAAAGGCUCCGCUCUGGCGGGUGUCAGGCGUGACGGUGGGGGCCGCCCGCGGGUUCCUUGGAACAGCUUGCCGCCGUGGAUGAGAGUCUCGUUAGGAGAGAGGAGGUUCCCGAGCGCGGCGGGGAGCCAUGGCCGCGGUGGUGGCCAAGCGGGAGGGGCCGCAGUUCAUCAGCGAAGCGGCGGUGCGGGGGAACGCUGCCAUCCUGGACUACUGCAGGACGUCGGUCUCGGCCCUGUCGGGCGCCACGGCAGGCAUCCUCGGCCUGACUGGCCUGCACGGCUUCAUCUUCUACUUUCUGGCAUCCGUCCUCCUCUCCGUGCUCUUGGUGUUAAAAGCCGGACGGCGAUGGAACAAGUACUUUAAAUCCCGAAGGCCACUUUUCACGGGAGGGCUCAUAGGAGGGCUUUUCACAUAUGUCCUGUUCUGGACUUUCCUGUACGGCAUGGUUCAUGUCUACUAAACCAAGUAGGAGCCACAUUAGCUGCAGUGAUUUUUAAUGAAGCAGGACUGUUGCCAAAAGUCAUCUACACAACUAGGCCAGCUUUACCUUUAAAUCCCUGUUCAUUGCUUGUAUUGUUAAUACCAUUGGUAAAUUAUGUCCAAUUACAAAUGACUCAGUAGCACUGUUCUAAUUAAACUGAAUGUGAAGCACCACA